UAUGUGUUUUGCAGACCGUGAUGGCGGAUGUGAGUUCACUGAAAGCGAUUCAAAGGGACUUAGGAGAAAGUCAGCUAGCGGAAGGUUCACCCGGCGCUGUCAUAGUGCCUUAGAUCAUCUGAAGUGGCAGGCUGUACACUUGAAUAUGUAGUUAAAUCCUGUAUUCACUUUGCAUAAUAAUAUGCGGGGCGAGGAACCUGGAGGAAACGAGGCAGACGAGACAGCGCUGAUUGAAAUCAUUAUUUCGUACGGCUAGCUAGCUGGGUUAGCAUUCUCCGGCAACAUAACAAAGCAACGGUGAGAGCGAGCGGGCAGCAUCCCGGUCCGGGAGGGGGAGGGACCCGUGCAGGAUGAAAUUUACCGAACACCUUUCGGCGCAUAUUACCCCCGAAUGGAGGAAACAGUACAUUCAGUAUGAGGCCUUCAAAGAUAUGCUUUAUUCAGCUCAGGACCAGGCUCCAUCCAUUGAAGUCACAGAUGAAGACACUGUUAAAAGAUACUAUGCCAAGUUUGAAGAGAAGUUUUUCCAAGCUUGUGAAAAAGAAUUGGCCAAAAUCAACACUUUCUAUUCAGAGAAGCUUGCAGAGGCACAGAGACGCUUCGCCACCCUUCAGAAUGAGCUGCAGUCGUCUCUGGAUGCUCAGAGAGAGGGCAGUGUGCCAGGGCUACGCAGGCGGCACAAGACAGUGUUCCACCUGUCACAUGAGGAACGCGUCAAAUACCGCAACAUCAAGGACCUCCAGCUGGCCUUCAGCGAGUUCUACCUAAGCCUCAUCCUUCUGCAGAACUACCAGAAUCUCAAUUUCACUGGCUUCCGGAAAAUUCUGAAGAAACAUGAUAAGAUCCUGGAGACUCCUCGUGGGGCUGAUUGGAGAGUGGCCCAUGUGGAGGUGGCGCCCUUCUAUACCUGCAAGAAGAUCACACAGCUGAUCUCCGAGACUGAGACCUUGGUGACAACAGAAUUGGAGGGGGGAGAUCGGCAGAAGGCCAUGAAGAGGCUGAGGGUUCCUCCACUUGGUGCAGCACAGCCAGCACCAGCUUGGACCACGUUCCGGGUCGGCCUGUUCUGCGGAGCGUUUUUCGUUCUCACAGUGGCCUUCAUUAUCCUUGGUACCAUGUUAAUAGGAGAUGGGAAUGUGUGGCCGCUGGUGCGUAUCUAUCGGGGCGGAUUUCUGCUCGUCCAGUUUCUCUUCCUCCUGGGCAUCAACACCUACGGAUGGCGACAAGCUGGGGUUAAUCACGUACUGAUAUUUGAGCUGAACCCUCGUAAUAACCUGUCCCAUCAGCACCUUUUUGAGAUUGCAGGCUUCCUUGGGGUGUUGUGGUGUCUCAGUAUCCUCGCCUGCCUCAACUCAAAGUCCAUCUUAAUCCCCAUGCAAGUCAAUCCACUCAUCCUUUAUGGCUUCAUGCUCUUGUUCCUCAUCAAUCCCUUCAAAACCUGCUACUACAAGUCCCGUUUCUGGCUGCUCAAACUGCUGUUCCGUGUCUUCACAGCACCCUUCCACAAGGUAGAAUUUGCAGACUUCUGGUUGGCUGACCAACUGAACUCUUUGGUGGUACUUCUGAUGGACCUGGAGUAUCUGGUGUGCUUCUAUAGCUUUGAGCUUGACUGGACAGCACCAGAGGGCCUGCUUUCUUCCAAACCAGGUGACACAUGUAACACGUAUUCGUAUGGUGUCCGCGCUGUGAUCCAAUGUCUGCCAGCCUGGAUCCGCUUUGUACAAUGCCUGCGGCGUUACCGUGACACCAAACGGGCUUUCCCCCACCUUGUCAAUGCGGGAAAAUACUCCACCACCUUCUUUGUGGUGACUUUUGCCGCACUCUACCAAACCCACAAAGUCAAUCAGCACACGGACACCGAUGUGUUCUUCUACCUGCUGAUCGUCUUCUCGGCGAUCAACUCCUGUUACACCCUGGUUUGGGACCUGAAGAUGGACUGGGGGCUGUUUGAUCGCAGCGCCGGUGAAAACACAUUCCUGAGGGAGGAGAUUGUCUACCCACAGAAAGCCUACUACUACUGUGCCAUAGUGGAAGAUGUCAUUCUCCGUUUUGCCUGGACCAUUCAGAUUUCCCUCACCACUUUGAACAUUUUUCCAUCCGCUUCUGACAUCUUAUCCACUGUACUGGCGCCACUGGAGGUUUUCAGGCGCUUUGUGUGGAACUUCUUCCGGUUAGAGAACGAGCAUCUUAACAACUGUGGUGAGUUCCGUGCCGUGCGAGACAUCUCAGUAGCGCCUCUAAAUGCUGACGACCAGACCCUGCUGGAGCAGAUGAUGGACCAAGAGGAUGGUGUGCGUAACCGGCAAGGGAAGAAGAGCUGGAAACGUAGCUACAGUGUGUCACUACGACGUCCCCGCCUGGCUUCUCAGUCAAAGGUGCGGGACAUCAAGGUGUUAAUAGAGGACACUGAUGAUGAGGCAUGUGCCUGAACUCCGCAGCAGCUGCUCUGCCCAACGCCAGUGGCCGCAUCCUUUAAUCACCCUUCUGAUCAGUCUGUCACAGAGCUGCCUCUGCACCUUCACAUAAACCCUCACAUGUGUCCAUAAUCUACACAUGACAAACUACAUGAUCGACCUACUGAUAUUUCUAUUCAAUGAUCCACACAUGCAAGACACAGAGAUACCUAAUAGAUGCACUCCAGGGAUUUUACUUUUCUUUGUUUAUUUUUAAAAGAUACCAUUUUUGGUUUAUAUAUAUUUUUUCUUUUUAUUUUCCUUUGCCAACUGUUUUGUAGGUGCAUAAAUUUAAAAAAAUGACUGCGGAUAUUUCUGUAUAUAUCAGGAUCAAACAAAAAUGAGAAAUAUUGAUAAUCACAAACGAUACUAUGAAGGAGAACAAAACUGGACAAUUACUAGAGAAUCAGCCAGUCCACCUUGCUUUUAUGGUUGUUUGUGUUUGUAUUAAGUUGGGUAUACAGCCCUGUCUAUGUACACAUACACAGAAUAUGUGAAUGAGUUAUUUUUGCAUUGUACUUAAGUUUUUCCACUAUUUAUGAAAAAAAUAUGGCUUGAAUGUAUGUGCAAUGAUGUUAAAAUGUUCAAGGACUUCUGCCAUGAAAAGCAGGUGUUUGAAACCCUUUCGUCACCUCAUGGUUAUCCCACUAUAACAGCACCUUGGUCCCCUACUCAUACAAACCCUAGUCACAAAGAACAGAGUAGCUAUGGAAACCAAAGAAUUUUCAAGGCCAAAUAUCAUUCCAGCAAAACUGAUAGGUACUCUUACCUCUUUUUUUUAAUAAUGGGAAAUAAAAGUCUCUGUGUAGUUGGAAAUGUUCUUGAAAAAAAUGGUCUGUUUAAGUCAGGAUCAGUCAGGAUUUGUGGUGUAACAUUACCCACAUAAUAAGCUAAUGGGAGAGGUGUGAUACGCCCUGAUCAUUUCUAUUAUUUUAAAUUACAUGCAUGAUUUUAAUUGGACAUAAUCUGUAGUCUUAAAACAGGUUAAAUGCUUGGUUUGGUAUAAUCAUGUAGUGCUUGCUGUUCCAUUUCUGUAAGUUACUGCUAGUGACAGUCCUGUCUGUCCCCUAAGGUCUUUCUCUCUCACUUCACACCCUGGCAUUGCUCCCUGUUAAAUACAGCAUGCUAUUGUUAGAAUUGGGAUUUUUCUGCAAUUUUAGGUACAAGGACCAAGCAUUUUUCUAAACACAUUUGCCAAUUUUUUUCAGCAUCCAGUGUGAUCUGGAAACCUCAUCCUUUGAAGGUUUUCUUUCCACUUUAGCUCCUUCGUUUAGCAUGUUAACUAUUUUUUCUGAUGAUAACAUAGCAGUGUGGUAUAUCUAUGUAGUAGUGAAUUUGCCCAUGGAAUAGGAAGUGUGUGCACACACACACACACACAGACUGGACGUUUGUGUAUUUGACAUGGAACGAAUUAUAGGAAUAAUUGUGCAAGUUCAGUCAGUAAUGUUCAGUGUUGAGGAGGUCCCUCUCUUUUGAUUUUGUGUUUAACAGAAAUUAAAACUGUCAUAAUAUUAAUGACAGUAACAUGGGAUACUAACACUCCUGUUUGAUAUGUGGUCUUUCCCUAAGAUGCCGGAAGUGUUUUAAACACCUAUGGGGAGAAUGUUUGACCAAAGGUGUUCCUGUUCACAUCAUAAGUCACAGCUGUCAGAGGUUGGACCACCCAUUUUCAUAAGCCCUUUCUAUGCCACCGGUUGUUUUGUGUUCCUGCAUUAGGAAAUGGGGGAGGAAAACUACUAUGAUAAAAAUAAACAUUUCUAUGAGUAAACUGUGGUUUCUGUAGUUCUGGAGGCCACACACCUUGUUUUUGAGCACUGCUGGCAGUAAACGGGUAUUUCUUUACAUUUUCAAUGUAACAGGUUUUGUGUUUUCAUCCUCGGCAUCUAGGUGUUUGAUGUUUUAGUGGUGAAUAUGUCUGUGAUUAGCAUGCAUGCAAAGCUACAUACACAAUGCUGGAGUAGACUUAAUUGUGUUACAUGGUCCUUGUCAUUUAAACAAUGAAUGAUUGAUAAUGUGCCUUCAUUCACUGCACAUGAAAAAGGCACAAACCAAAAAUGGCAGGUACAUUUGACACCAUAUGUAUGACAGUAGAGAGAUAUGAGAUUUGUCAUUAAGUAAACCGAAGACAUAUUGAGUACAGUAAGCCCUAGUACAUCAUGCAUGCUACAAUGCAGCAUUCUUGAAAUGUGAUUUCUGUCCUUCAGUUUUCAGAACACAGUUUUCAGGCCCAUUAUGUCUGAAUCUGACGUUUCUGGCAUCUAUACAUUUCUGUGGAGUGGACUGUGUUUCUUUUUAGCAUAGUCCCAAAAGCUGUACUACAUCUAGACAUUAGCAGUUAGCAUUAGCCAUUAGCAUCUUAAUUCAGUGCAAGUACAAUAUUUAUUGAUUUAGUUGCCUCAUGUUAACUGAUUUCAUUUGAUUUAUAAUACUCAGAACUGACCCAUAUCUUCAGAAUUGGCCUUGACAGGGGAGGGAAAAUGCAGAAAUGAUCUUUUUCCCUGGAAAUUGAGUUGCAUCACAAAUUAAUGUUUGUUUUUAAAUAUGUAGUUUUGUAUAAAAAAUAUAUAUAUAUAUUCACACGUUUAAUGUUUCAGCAAUGAAGUUCCAAUGAGGUCUUGUUGGAAUGGAGCAGUGUAAUAGAAAUGUGGAUCUCCACGAUGUACCUGAAAUCACCUGGCCCAAUGACAGCUUAAUACAUAUUUGUUCAGUCUCUUUUGUAAUUGAACACUGACCUUCUGCAUCUUAAUCCUUUCUGCUCCGUCCCUAUUUGUCACCACCUCCCUGUAUACUGAAGCUGAAGGUGAAUCAUUCCAUUUAGAAAUUUCUGUUUCCUGCAUGCUGUUACUAGAAUCAUAGAAUUAAGUUUAUAAUGCCUAUAUAAUCUCUGUAGUGUCCUGGACCCUGGAUCUAUGGAAGAAGACAAUCGCUUCAGUUGAAUAACCUCCUUUAAAUGUGAACUUCUUUAAGUUUUCACACUGAUUGGUUACUGAUUGGUUAGCCACCUGAUUUUUUUCAUCUAACCCUAAAUCAUGCAUGCUCUUACACAUCUAAGCACAUUUUCUUUGUCUGGGAAAUUAUAUAAAAAAAUAACUCUUGCUUUUCCAGGGUCAAUUUCAAUAUCCUUUCAGUCUCCGUCUUGCACUCACAUUGUUUUUGCAAUACCAUGAACACAGGGUCUGUGUUGUUCCUGAUCGUUACUAAACUUUCUCUUAACAAUACAACGGGAAGCCUUGAGUGAAUCCACACUGCCGGUGCUGUCACCCGACAUCACAGCUCACUCAAACUGUGUGUCAAGGUAUUACAGGAAUUUUUCUUCUGGAAGAAAAUUGCUAUACCUCAGGAGGCUUAACUAGCUUUGUCGCCAAAGGCCAGUUUGCCGCGAGAUAUAUUUCUCUUGUGGCUCUUGACUUUGUUUCUUUUUGAGGUGGUAUUUAUUUUACAUUUUUCCUAAAUAAACAAUUGGGUGUCAACCCCCCCCCCCAAUCCUGCACUGCUUCAAGCACCUUGACCUCACCUGUGCUCCCAAUAAAGUUUUCCUCUUUUUUUGUAUUUGCCAAUUGUCACUUUUGUGCUUCAGAUAUUUUAAUUAUGUGAAUACAUAAUUAAAUCACAGGCCUGUUCAUAGUAAGUUGUGUUAAAUAUUGACUAUAAACUUUUCAAUCAAACUA